AUGAUCCUACUAGGGCUACUGGAAUGUUCCUCAGAGAAACUCCGUCACGCAAAACUGAACCCGUUGGAUUCAACAAUCGGAGAAACUAAAUGUGACGGCGACUACAAACAAGGAGACAAUCUUCCUUCCUGGGCGAGACGUGUAAAUUUGUUGGAAAAAAGAACAUUCUCAUUACAACAAGAACCUCGAUAUCUGUUCUUCAAAUCGAGAGACGUCGGUCCAGCAAUGAUAUUCUUCCGCCAAGUCUUCAAAUAUGUGGGAGAAACUGUCGAGAUCAACCAAGAGUUGUGA